AGAAUAAUUCAGUCGGAAAAAGUGCCACACCGUCGUUUUAAUAAAUUCUCGUGGGAUGCGUACUAUGACGUCAACGACAUUCACAAAUAUGUCUACGAUGUAAGCAAAUCAUUCAGUGAAUGGACAGAAAUAAUAGAGGCCGGUGAAAGUUAUGAGGGCCGAAAAAUAUUGGGGCUGCGUAUAAAUACCCGUUACGAGACGGAACAGCGGGAGACUGGGAAGCCCGUGUUUUUUAUUGAAUCUGGCAUCCACGCGAGGGAAUGGAUCGGGCCGGCAGUGACGACCUACUUCAUCAAUCAACUGCUUACGAGUCGCGAUCCCAAUGUAACAAGACUGAGGGAUCAGUUCGAUUGGCGCAUCUUCCCCACCGUUAAUCCUGAUGGAUAUCAUUACAGCUACACCGUCGAUAGAUACUGGAGAAAAACACGGUCUCGUUCCCUAAACGGGUGUCGAGGUGCUGAUCCCAACCGCAACUGGGAUUAUAACUGGGGACAAUACUCCUCGUCAACAAAUCCCUGCGACUAUCAGCUGUAUGCCGGUUCCCGCCCAUUUUCUGAAGCCGAAACGCGAUCAUUGUCUAAAUACAUUUCAACCAUAGACAAUCUAUUGUUCUACGUGGCCUUCCACUCUUACGCAUCUCUUCUGUUAGUGCCAUAUUCAGACUCUUUGGAGCACGUUGACAAUUAUGAUGAAUUGGUUCAGAUAGGCAAAAAAUCUAUUGAAUACGGCAGCAGAAUGAAUAGCGAUUUGUACGAUGGGCCUGACACAGCAGCGGCCACUCUCUAUAAAACCUCCGGAGGCAGUAUGGAUUGGGUGCGUCACGCGCUUCACACCAGGUUAGUGUACACCUACGAACUUCGAGGGUCCUCCUUCCAUUGGCCUGCAGAGAGGAUCAGCGAGCAAGGAGACGAAGUGACCCUGAUGAUGAUGGGGCUGGCUGAUGGCGCUCAGGAACUGGGGUACUUUUAGAUCAAUGAAAUUGUGUUAAAUACUUAAUAUAGAUUUUAAACUAC